GGAGGCGAGCUGGCACUCGUUCGAUCCGUCAGUCGCAAUGGAGGACUCGGAGGCGAUGGCGCAGCUGCUCGGCGUGCAGUACUUCGGCAAUGACCAGGAGCAGCAGCAGCCGGCGGCGGCGGCGCCGCCGGCGAUGUACUGGCCGGCGCACGACGCGGCCGACCAGUACUACGGCUCGGCGCCAUACUGCUACAUGCAGCAGCAGCAGCAUUACGGGUGCUACGACGGCGGCGCGAUGGUGGCCGGCGGCGACUUCUUCGUGCCGGAGGAGCAGCUGGUGGCCGACCCGAGCUUCAUGGUGGACCUGAACCUCGAGUUCGAGGACCAGCACGGCGGCGAUGCUGGCGGCGCUGGGAGCAGCGCCGCCGCCGCCGCCGCCGCCACCAAGAUGACACCGGCGUGCAAGAGGAAGGUUGAGGAUCACAAGGAUGAGAGCUGCACGGACAACGUCGCGAGGAAGAAGGCGCGCUCCACGGCAGCAACAGUGGUGCAGAAGAAGGGUAAUAAGAACGCGCAGUCAAAGAAGGCGCAGAAGGGCGCGUGCAGCCGGAGCAGCAACCAGAAGGAGAGCAAUGGCGGCGGCGACGGCGGCAAUGUGCAGAGCUCGAGCACCAACUACCUCUCUGAUGACGACUCGCUGUCGCUGGAGAUGACUUCGUGCAGCAACGUGAGCUCGGCGUCCAAGAAGUCGUCGUUGUCAUCGCCGGCGACCGGGCACGGCGGCGCGAAGGCGAGGGCCGGGCGCGGGGCGGCGACCGAUCCGCAAAGCCUCUAUGCCAGGAAGAGGAGAGAAAGGAUCAAUGAACGGCUAAAGAUACUGCAGAAUCUUAUCCCAAAUGGAACCAAGGUGGACAUCAGCACGAUGCUUGAAGAAGCAGUUCACUACGUCAAGUUCUUGCAGCUCCAAAUCAAGCUUCUGAGCUCGGAUGAUAUGUGGAUGUUCGCGCCGAUCGCGUACAACGGGGUCAACGUCGGGCUCGACCUCAAGAUCUCUCCACCGCAGCAGCAAUGAUCCACGUACUCCAGCCAUGGCGCCACGGACGCUAGCUCAAGCUAUGGUUCUUUGCAGCUGGCGCAGAAAUACAUAUUUUUUUUUCUUCUACUUCUGUUGAUACAGUACAUUUUUCCAUCCUGAAUCCAUUUGAUUCAUUCCCAAAGGAUGGCCAACCUUAAUUAUAUACCUCAUUGAUCGAGUUCUUUUUUACCA